AUGCCUUUCGGAAACACAGAAGUCAAUCGUUGUCCACGUUGUAAUCAAGCUGUUUUCCAUGCUGAAGCAAUACCAGCAGCUGGAAGUCAAUGGCAUAAAACCUGUUACCGAUGUGGUCUCUGUAAGAAAGCUUUAGAACCUAUGACCAUGGCUGCACAUGAAGGUAAUAUCUAUUGCAAACAAUGUUAUGGUCGUAAAUUCGGUAUUCGUGGUGUUGGUUUUGGUGUUGGAGCUGGUGCACUUGCUAUGGAUACUGGUGAUCGAUUUGGAAAUACUGAAUCACUUUCAAAUAAACCAAAUUAUGCUGCUCCACCUGGUGCUGCAGCAGGAGGUAAAGCUGCUGGUAACACCGAAGCAUAA